AUGUUUGAUCAUACUUCAACUCUUGUCAAGACUCUGAUCAUAUUCCCUAGUUCGAUGGGGAGACAAGACGGCUCUACACCCGGCACCAAUUUUUACGCUUCUCUGCAGUUUGGCUCCCGUAUCCCGGAGAAGACGACCAAACUGAGGUUGUCCUCCCGUUUACUAGAGGGCUAUAUAAAGCACGAACUUCGCUUCAAAGAUCCAUUAAAAUAUCCUUCAAUAUGGGUGGAUGAUGACGCUAGCGGCGAUUUCGACCUAUACGAGGAUAGGCAAACUGACAAGAAGACAAUGCGGCUACCAAAGCGUAAGCCCACAGAGCCGCCGUUUGCCACCCGAGAGUAUCCAACGCAGAAAAUCAAGAGUAGCAGCAAUUCAAAUUCAAUUCAAUCACCAGACAUCAAGGAUCCAAAUAUCCAUAUUUUUGAAAUUCAAACUGGCCGCUUCCAGAUUUCUAGCGGUUUAUUGGCUCUAAACCCCGCAGCGCUUGUCACCCAGUUGCAAUUGUUAAUAACUCAAUACUUCUGCCCGCUUCCUGAUGACCCGGAUACUUAUCGCUGCCGGGCAUGUAUAGAGGACAAUAGCAGUUUCGAUCCAAUCAUGGCUCCUCAGCCUAGACAGCAACACUACACUGGGCGGAAAUGCAACAGUAUAUUGACUCUUGCUGCUCAUGUAGGGCAGAGUGGUGGUGAGAUUUUGACUGGAAAUCCACUUGCGAACCUCCAAAAACGGUCUAGUCCCCUGCAUUUCAACAGCUUCGGAGACACUAUCGCAGAGGUCAAUUUCUGCCGUCGAUUCCAUUCCGAACGCAACAGAUCUUCCGUACAAACCGGUGCAGACUCUAUUAUUGUGGAUGCCAAAGAACCCGACAUCUCCACAGUAGUCACGCAUACAAUUACCUUUUCACACUCCCCGGCCCCCAACGGCCUCCCCGACCGGCGUGGUGGCAAGGGAUACAUCUACCUCGGCCCGGGCCACUUUUCUUCUGGCUCCGAACCCAGCCGGAUGUGUUCUAAAUGCGCGCUUCUGAAAGUUACUAUUCUCGAAUGCACUUCCACACCAGUAACGGACACAGUAGUUCCCAUACAGGGCAUCGAUGAGAAGACCUUUUUUGAUACUGCAGCGGCGUUUGAGCCACUGUUCUCAACUGAUGUGAAUAUAUGGCACCGUCACCAAUGCUGA